UAGAUUUCAUAAACUUAUAAAUAAUAACGUUAUUAUUUUAUCAUGUCUAAGACAGCUAAUGUUGUAGACGGCGAAGCUUCAGAAUCCGAUUCGGAGGUGGAAGUUGGUCUCUCUCCUGACUUGUCAACGAAAACGAAAGGAUUCGUUAUAUCCGGGGAAGCACCAGAGUCAGAUGAUGAAUCACAGCUCCAAACAAAUGACAACAGUGAACUGGAUGCUCCUCUCCAUAUAUCUAUGUACCCGCCAUCAUCACCCACUCGGAUGAUGUACAAGUCAUUAUUGCAUCAGAAAUUAUGGGAAUGUAAUGUAUCAUUACAGGCAACACUGGAAGGCUUAGUUAAACACACAACAGAGAUAUCCGUGGACAAAUUGACCAAAGCUGAUAAAACUUUGCUAAAUGUGCAGGAAAGUAUGAGAGCUACAAACGCAUCGUUGACUUUAGCCAGGGCGAGAUUAAAACAGAUCAAUGCUGAAUUAGAAAAAGUCAACUGUCACACAGCACUCCCUAAUGUGAAGAUAAAAUAAUGUUGUGAUCAAGAAAACACAU